UGGGUGGGAUUUGCUGUAUGUGUUAGCUAUGUUAUCCGCGACCAGACAAGUGUUUCCCGCUUCAUCUUUGGUCAUUUGGAUGCAUAUGAUGAGGAUCUCGAAUGUUUUUUGGUCUUCCCCCCCACCCUCGACACGAUGAUUGCUGGGCCAAGUAGACUUUUUUUGUUCCACAUACCUCGUGACUUUUUCACUGAUAAGUUGAAUCAACGGAGCAAGAUCCGAGCUUCAUUUGGAACCAACAAUCAAAAUAUGGAGGUUGUAAUGUGUGGAAUCCGUUUAGUAUACGAGCAAGACUUGGAAGGGCUUGUCCAUACAAUAGUAGGCUGCGUAUUAAGGAGUCCGGAUAGCCACCAUCAAAGCUUUCUCCGAAGUUUUGAGAAUCAAGCCAACAAUCUACCAAACCAUGUUUAUGAGGCUGUAUCAAGUGAGUGCAAUCCAGUAUUACUAGAAGAAAGCCGGGCCGGUUCUUUUGGUUACUUCUCAACGGAAAGGACAAAUCAAUUCUUGAAAAAGCUUCAAUCAAAUAGUGAAGAAGAGAAUGAUGACUUAUUUGAGAAAUGCCUGACUCAAAUAAUUACUGGAAGGGUUUCUAAAGAUUUGAGUUCUAAUGUUAUUAAUGUUGGAGCUGAGUAUUUGAAUGAAUUCAGCAAAGGAGAUCAUGUAAAAGCCUCUCUUGUGAAUUUGGUUCUAAAUCACUUUCAGGACACCCAUAUUAAUAGAUUCCAUCCAUAUAACAAUUGUUUUCUGCAAUCUGAGAUUCCGGAAUACUUCUGCUGUCAUGGUGGUUCAUCAGUACCAUUCCCUCUACCUCAAAAUUUGAAUAAAAACUCUGAUUGGAUUGGAAUAGCUCUAUGUGUUGUUUUCACUGUCAACAAGAAUAAUGAACCUCUCAUCCAUCAUGACAAUGAUCCGGCCGACUCAGAAAUUUCUUAUAUCCUCGGAUGUACUUUGACAAGCAACACAGGGUUGGAGAUGAUGAUUUCCCAUUUUGUAAUUAACAAGUUCGGAAACAAUAGCUUCAUUUGGGUAUCAUAUAUUCCACGUGCUUCCUUUUCAAAAAGUUUGAAUGAAUGCGAUCACCUGCGGGCCUCCUUUUACGGUACUGGUAGUCAAGGAUUGAUUCUGCAGAAGUGUGGGCACCAACUUGUAUAUUUAGACAACAUGGCAGAGUUUGUUGGAACAAUAGCUCAAUGUGCAGCCACGUGUCCUCGCUAUUCCAGGCUCAUUAAUCAUCAGGCUCAAUGUGCGCAAUGUCGUAUUGAUGAUCAAGAGGAAACCAACAUAAGUGAUAGCUCCGACGACGAGCUAUCAACAAGAACCAGGAUAAAGGAAAAAAGUGGUAAUCAUCUCAGCAUACUGAACCAAAAGAUAAGAAAAUGUAUGAAAUUUCUGCAUAAUCCCAGGAAGGAAUUUGAUUUCUUAUUUGCAUGUGAUCACUGUUUCCCUCCAAUUAGUGAGAUUCCAUACUUCUUAACCUAUCAAGACAGAGGACCUUCAGUGAAGAUCGAGCUACCUACAAAUAUGCAUAAUGAUUCUGAAUGGGAGGGACUUCUUAUUUGUGCUUCAUUUACAUCCCAAGAGAAUGAAGUUGAAUUUCUUGAAAGUCUGGAAUCAGAAAUUCCUCACCACCUUAUAUGUUUUUUUGAAACGAAUAUAGAUAGUUUGAAACCUAUCCAUGAAUAUCGCACUGCCAAGCAAGAAUUCAAGUACUGGUUACAUUUACAUGGAUUUGUUUGGCUAUUCUAUAUACCAAUUAAGUGGCUUCCAGAGAGAAUACAGUGCUGCAACCACAUAGAGGUUUCAAUUAUGAGCGAUUGGCCUGGCUGGAUUGUGAACAAUUGUGGUCUCCGUUUCCUUUCUACACAAGAUUUGGAAGAGUUUAUGCAUUUGUUGCUCCACUUCCAAGUCUCAUUUUUUGACAAUUGGGGUCUCUUUCAUAAAGAAAUAGUGGAACAAGAUUGUACACUCUCGAAUCAAACAGAUCAAGGAUGCACUUCAAUGGACUCAGGUCUUGCUAGUAAUGUUGAGUCUCACCCCACAUCAGCAGAGAACCAAGCCUACACUUUGGAAACAUCAACCAUCUUUCACAAAAGAAACUUUGAGACUCUGUUUUCAACACUCUUUGAGGGGCUCCAAAAUGAUUAUCAUGGAUAUUUCUUUCCUAAAGGUGAAAUACCACCAUGGUUCAAUAAUCGAAAUGAUGGACCCUCAAUAGAAAUCCAGCUGCCACCGAAUUUGUAUAAUAACGAGAGCUGGAUGGGAUUUGCUGUAUGUGCUGUUUUGAGUUGUCCAGCAGACUCUCGCAACAAUUCAAAUCCAAAAACUCUUGCCGGUUGUAUUCUUCAUUUGGAUAGCAAUGAAGGUUGUUUGAAACCUGAUCUAGUCCAAAGAUUCAUACUGCGGAGCUCAAACCAAUUACUUGUUGUGCAUUAUGUAUCACCAACGAUUCUUCCCAAUAAGCUAAACCAAUGGAAUCAUGUUAAAGCUAUAGUUAAAUGCAACAUCCCAAGUGUGGAGACUCAAAUGUGUGGGAUACGGCUAAUGUACGAACAAGAUGUGGAAGGGUUCGUUCAAGCAAUGGCAGAGUGUGCAGUAGUUGUUCCAAACAACCAAUAUGGCAACUAUUAUCUAUCCUACUUAAAAAAAUUGGACUUUUUGAAAACCCGUGGUAAUAGAACUAAAUUCAGGGAGCGCAACUUUUAUUCAGGUCACUCUCCCGUAAUUGAAAGGCGCUUGCAAUCCUUGCCGAAACCCCCAUCUAUUUGUAAACUCUCGAAUGAAAGAGUUUCAAAUAGCACUGCUUCAGGAAAUGGUGUUGAAAUAGUUCUACCACCUGGGUAUCUAGACUGCACCAGUGACUCAGUUUUCUCAUUGAAAACUGAUUUUGAGUACUUCCUUCAAAAAGAUUUUGAAGUCACGGUCUUUAAUCUAUUCUCCACAUCCUGUAUGAGUACCGCUAUAUUGCCUCAGACAAAAGUUCCGGAGUGGUUCAACCAUCAAAGUAAGGGGGCGUUUGUGAAUAUCCAGCUACCUCCAAAUGUCAUGAAUGAUAGAAAUUGGAUGGGGCUUGCUCUAUGUGCUACCUUUUCAAUCCACGAUGAUCAACAUUCGACUUAUCUCUCUCGUGAAGAUCCCAAUUCCAAUGUUUCUCCGGAGCUUAUUUGUAUAUUGGAUAUUGAUUUAGGUGGGUUUGAGCGUCUCCCUGUCCUUUCCCUUACUAAAGAAAAAUGCAUGUGGUUUUAUCUACGUGGAUUCCUUUGGCUAGUCUAUAUACCGCAUGGACGUCUGAGAGAUGGCUUGUGCAGCCCAUGUAGUCAGAUUAAGGCUUUCUUUGGAAGUAAUUGCCCUAAUUUGACAGUGCAAAAUUGUAGCCUCCGGCCCUUAUACUGUCAAGAUAUGGAAGAGUUUGAGCAAACAUAUCUCAAGUGCUUUACCCCGCCUUAUCAGUACCAAAACCGCGAGGCCUUCCAUAGAAACUUUGAAUACAGUUCUUGUUUCCUUCCAUGUGGAAUAACGGAGUGGUUCAGCUAUCACAGCAACAAUCCCUCAGUGGGAUUUGAGUUACCUCCUAAUUUUUAUAAUGACAAUAAUUGGCUGGGGCUUGCCAUGUGUGCUUCUUUUUGGGUAUACGAGGAUGAUAAGGCAGCCCAUGUUAAAAUGUUGGAUUUAGGAAAUCCUCAUUAUCUCCUAUGUCUUUUGGAUACAGACAUUAGCAGUGUGGAACCUGAUCUACAUUCCCAUCGCCCAUUUACAGAGGAAGAAAUCAAGUUGGUACAUCAAGGUGAGAUAAUGUGGCUAUCAUUUAUACCAAAAGGAUCACUUCCAGAGUGGUUGAACCAAUGCACUCGAAUAGAGGCCUCCAUUGCUAGUGACUGCCCAAGCUUGAGAGUGCACAAGUGUGGAUUUCGUCUUCUGUACCUGCACGAUGAGGCUGAGUUUAAGGAAACAAUAAGGCAUUGCAAUAAGCAAAACCGCCAUAAAGAUGAGACAACAUCAAUAACAAGACCCAAUUUUGAUCCCACGCUACAAGACAAGGGAAAACAAGUUGUGCAAUAAUAAACUCACAUUUCAAUGAUUGGUAAGGAAUUUUCUAUUGGCUCCGCUGCUCGUCUCCUUGCCUAUACUCCGUGCGUUUUGCCCUCAACUUUGAGGAUGGGGUUCUUUGAAAAGGUGAACAAUGUAAUGCACACAAUUAAGUUGGGUCGGGCUUUAUGGGCCUCUAGCUAAGUCGUUGCCCUUUUUGUUUCAUUUGAGUUAAUAAGUUGUUCUAGUAGCCCAUGGCCCCAGCUAUUGGGUGUAGAAAUUGGCCCAUGGCCUUAUUUUGGUUGUUGUCGAUUAUGAGGGGUGUCUUCCAGUAUAGAUGCUAGAGGUAGUGGUUUGUAAAAUAAUAUUUGAAAUGUUAUUUGGCUUGACUUUGAUGGAGGAAUUGGGGUGCCUUGAAAAACCCCAAGUUAUGACUAUUUUCCCAAUCUAAUAUCCAUUACAGUUUCG